ACGCGCAUCACAUCCGUGCGGUAAACAGAGAGAGAGAGAGAGAGAGAGGGAGAGAGAGAAGGCGGCAGCAUGGAGGAGGCACUGGCGGAGCUAGAGAGAAGACAAAUUCGAAUCCUCCAACGAAUCACAGACCUAGAGGUCUCUCAUUUACCCCAACACUUUUCCAAAUCCCUCUCCGUUUCGUCUUCUCGCGAAAACCACCACACAGACGCCGCCGUCGCCACCGACACCGAAGCGCGCCUCUCUGACGUUCUCCGGGCCCACGGCGUCCGUGACUUCUCAUUCAAGCGCGUCCCUUCCGAUUACUACGAUUCCCCUCUCGAAGCCCGACGCGACGUCCUCGGCGCCUUUUCAGUGGACCACCUCUGCAAAAGCAUUGUCCUGGUUAAUACCCAAGCCCCCUCUAAUGUAAUUGAUUGUAGUGAUCACAACAAUUCAAAGUAUUAUGUUGUUGUGAUUCAGUAUAUAGCUCGAUUUAAUGCUGAGACUGUGAAGAACUUUCUUUACUCUCUGAACAAUGGGAAUAUACCAAAGAAGAAAUUCAACUUAAGGCUUGCUCCAGAAGAGACAUCGCAGAAGCUGACAGGUUAUGAGCACAAUGCAGUGACCUGUAUUGGCAUGAAAACAGACAUUCCGCAAAAUGCAAGGCCAUCUUGGGUUAGAGAUCUCUUGUUUUGUGUAGUUUAGCUGCUUCUAUCUCUGACAUUUCUUAACUACUGUGUUCUUACUGCUAACUCCUGUUCAAACAAAAACCAGUACUGACUUGUCAUGUUGCAAUGCCUCUAGCAUUACACAUGCAGGGGACCAUGUUUUGAGACAAUGCCACCUCAGUGUCCUCUUUGGUUUGGUAUCAUCUUGAACAAAUCUCAAUUUUGGUCCAGCUGAGGUUUUAUUACCUUUCCUAUCAUUCUCUUACAGGUCAUGGCUUUUUCUACACAUGCCUGGAGAACUGUUCCUUGUAUGUGUGUCAUCAUGCAGUACUAGUCCUGCUCAUGACUUGAAUUCUGCCAACAAUUGCGCCAGCUGCUGGGUUGGCCCACUGUUCUAACUAUCUUUCCCGUGAAAAUUGUAGCCUGGCGCUGGAGCUUUGUUUCCCACUCCUCCCCCCACCCCACACCCCCACCCAAAAAAAAAGGAUCAUCUAGUUCGAUAAUUUGGAUAUCUAUUCCUAUUAAUUACCUUAACUCUUUUUAUGGUCUGUCAAAGAGAAAAAAUAAUUGCUUUAUCAUCCAUUAUGACCUUAGAUAUUGAUAUUGUAGUCAGGCAAAUACAUUAUUGAUGAAACCAUGAAACAUUGAAUCUUGAGUCAUUUUUUCUGGUCAUUUUUGUCUUUAUGUUUAUAAACUUUUGUUCUUAGCAUCUAAAGCAGAAAAAAAAAAAAGGAAAGAAGGAAAGAAAAGAAAAGAAAAUAAUGAUAAGAAUAAUAAAUAAAAUAAUGAUAAAUGACCAGUACUAGGGGCUGAACCUGGAAGGUGAACAAUGUUACAGAAGAAUCAGUGCAUAAUAAUUGGAAACCCAUGUGCAAUUGUCUAGUUUUGAAUAAUCUACAACUUUGUACCGGGAGUGAAAUGUGAGUGUGCAAAGUAACAUGUGCAUCUGCAUGCACAUAUAGAGAGCAUGAGGGAGAUGUAAAUUACUAGGUAGAUGAAAUUUGGGAAGUCAGAAGCGAGAAUGAAUUUUGUGAAGUAAUUUUGACACCAAAGUUGAUAUCAGCAUUUGCAUAAAUGCCAGGAAGAAUCUGGAAUUUUGUGAAUAAAAAGUAUCUCACCUAGGUGGUGGUUUCAAUUUUCUUUUAUGUUAAAGGACACUUGGAAAUAAAAGUCUGCUACUGACUAAAAGCAGACAGGAACAACAGCCCCCUUGGAAGCCAAUAAAUGAAUUGAGUGUUGAAGUAACUAAUGGUGGUAGUAUUUUGAAGCAACGGAGAUCGAAAGAGAAGCUCUAUAUUGUUGCUUCUUUGGUUACCUUGGUUUUUGAAGAUGGCAAGCAUGGUUUAUCUGACAAUCAUAGCCAAUGUUGAUUAUGCACACAGAACACAUUUGUGAGCCUGACUGGUUACAUGCAUAUUAAACAUUGAUAUUUCAAGUGUAAACAUAGAAGCAUAUAUGGGGACAGAUGCUAAAGUUAUGUUUCCUAUCUGUUUGUGUUGUUAAAUGCUUUAAAUAUCC